AUGUCCCGUAUUCUCCGACCGGCCGCCCGCCUGGCGCUCUCAUCACGAGCUGCUGCCAUCAAGACUCCCGCCGCUGCCGCCUUCACCGCUGCCGCCUUCCCCCAGCCCCCCCGAGCCGUAACCACUCCUGUCUUCUUCGGCGCUCAACAGAGCAGGAAAUAUGCGGAGGGAGCCGGCGUCAAGGAAUAUACUGUCCGCGAGGCUCUGAACGAGGCCCUCGCUGAGGAACUGGAGUCCAACCCCAAGGUCUUCAUCCUGGGUGAGGAAGUUGCGCAGUACAAUGGUGCCUACAAGGUCACCAAGGGUCUUUUGGAUCGUUUCGGCGACAAACGUGUCAUCGACACCCCCAUCACCGAGUCCGGUUUCUGCGGACUCGCCAUUGGUGCUGCUCUAAGCGGCCUGCACCCUGUUUGCGAGUUCAUGACCUUCAACUUCGCCAUGCAGGCCAUCGAUCAGAUCGUCAACUCUGCCGGAAAGACCCUUUACAUGUCCGGCGGUAUCCAGCCGUGCAACAUCACCUUCCGUGGUCCCAAUGGCUUUGCCGCUGGUGUUGCCGCUCAGCACUCCCAGGACUACUCCGCCUGGUAUGGCAGCGUCCCUGGCCUCAAGGUUGUCUCCCCCUGGAGCGCCGAGGAUGCCAAGGGUCUUCUCAAGGCUGCUAUCCGCGAUCCCAACCCCGUCGUCGUCCUCGAAAACGAACUCAUGUACGGCCAGUCCUUCCCCAUGUCCGAGGCCGCCCAGAAAGAUGAUUUCGUGCUGCCCUUCGGUAAGGCCAAGGUAGAGCGUGCCGGAAAGGAUCUCACCAUCGUCUCUCUCUCCCGAUGUGUUGGUCAGUCUCUGGUCGCCGCCGAGAACCUGAAAAAGAAUUAUGGCAUCGAGGCUGAGGUCAUCAACCUGCGUUCCGUCAAACCUCUCGACAUUGAAACCAUUGUCAAGUCCGUCAAGAAGACCCACCGUCUUCUCUCCGUUGAGUCCGGCUUCCCCCACUACGGUGUUGGCGCCGAGAUUCUUGCCCUGACCAUGGAGUACGCUUUCGACUACCUUGAUGCUCCUGCUCAGCGAGUCACUGGCGCCGACGUGCCCACUCCUUACGCCCAGAAGCUCGAGGAAAUGAGCUUCCCUACUGAGAAGGUCAUCGAGGAUUACGCCGCCAAGCUGUUGCGAGUCUAA